CGUCAUCAGCCGCGCGCGCUCCCGUGUCUUGUCAGGCGAGAUCUGCUCCUCCUCCUUCAGUUCAGCUAUAAAUACUGGAGUAUUCCCAUCAGUCUACAAGUGAAGACGAGCAUCAGACCAUCAGGAAGAAGUGAAAUCUGAAAGACAGAGUUUAUUGAAGGACAGUGAGAAGAUGAGUGAUCCAGAACCCUGCAGAAUAAAAGAGGAAGAGACUGAAGAGCACAUAGAUCUGAUGGAGAAUGAGGAGAAACUUUGUCAUGUCAGGAAAUCUUUCACCUGCAUUGAGUGCGGAAAGAGUCUGGCAUCUAAACGGAGUCUUUGGGUUCACAUGAGGAUUCACACCGGAGAGAAACCAUUCAUAUGUUCUCAGUGUGGGAGGAGUUUCAGAGACUCGUCAUAUCUUAAUCAACACGUGCUGACCCACAGAGAAAAAACACACACAUGUGAUCAGUGCAGCAAAACGUUUUUGAAUGCUUCACAACUAAAAAAUCAUCUUAAAGUUCAUACAAAGGAGAAACCUUAUUCAUGUUCUGAGUGUGGAAAGAGCUUUACAUAUCAACAAUAUUUAACACAACAUCAGAAGAUCCACACUGGCGUGAAAGAGUAUGUGUGCUUUAAGUGUGAGAAGACUUUUUUUAGAGCUCAGCAAUUGAAACAACACCAAAGGAUUCACACUGGAGAGAAACCUUACGAGUGUUCACUUUGUGACAAGAGAUUCAGUCAGUCAGGAGAUCUGAAAAUACAUGAGAAGUUUCACACUGGAGAGAUGCUUUAUGAGUGUUCACACUGUGAUAAGAAAUUUGGUCGUUUAGGACAUUUGAAAGCACAUGAGAGGAUUCACACUGGAGAGAAACCUUAUCAGUGUUCACACUGCGACAACAGAUUCAAUCACUUAGGAAGCCUAACAAAACAUGAGAGGACUCACACUGGAGAGAAACCUUAUAAGUGUUCACACUGCGACAAGAGAUUCAGUCUGUCAGGAAACCUGAGAAGGCAUGAAAAGAUUCACAGUGGAGAGAAACCAUACAAGUGUUCACACUGCGACAAGAGAUUCAUUGAAUUAGGAAGCCUGAAAUCACAUGAGAGGAUUCACACUGGAGAGAAACCGUACAAGUGUUCAUACUGUGCCAAGAGGUUCACUGAGUUAGGAAGCCUUAAGUCACAUAAAAGGAUUCACACUGGAGAGAAACCUUACGAGUGUUCACACUGCAACAUGAGAUUCAGCCUGUUAGGAAACCUUAAAAAACACAACAGGAUUCACACUGGAGAGAAACCCUACAAGUGUUCACACUGCAACAAGAGAUUCAAUUUGUUAGCAAACCUGAAACGACACGACAGGAUUCACACUGGAGAGAAACCGUACAAGUGUUCACACUGCAACAUGGGAUUCAGUCUGUCAGGAAACCUAAAAAGACAUGAGAGGAUUCACUCUGGAGGGAAACCUUAUAAUUAAUCACUCUGCAACAUGGGAUUAGGACUUGUUGUCAACCUGAAACUGUCCUGCUGGAUGUACCUCCAACUUGCUUAAACACACUUACCUGAAAGCUUCUAGUAUGACUUAAUUAUCUUUUAAGGUUUAAUUGGGGAUUCAACAUUGGGGAUUGUGUCUCCUCUCCUGUCCCUCAGGUAUAUGCGGUCCCACAGGGCUCUGUUUUAGGACCCCUUCUUUUUUCUCUUAAUUUACUACCUCUUGCGUCUGUAAUUGAGUAAAUAUGGCAUAUGUGGACAAUACCCAGAUCUAUGUCCCAAUUAAAAAGGAUGAGUUUGUCGGACCCUUAAUACAGUGUAUCAAUGGCAUUAAGGCCUGGUUGUCUCAAUUUUUUAAGUGUCAAUGAAAAGAAAAUAGAAAUUAUGGUUUUUGGGGAUAUUACUGGACCUUCUUUGUUUGAAUUGAGUGCUUUAGCCCAGUACAUCAAAUCGGCUAUUUACAAACCUUGGGGUUAAACUUGAGCCAGACUUAAAGUUGAACAGUCUGAUAGGAGCAGUUGUUAAGUCAAGCUUUUUUCAGCUAAGACAGCUGGUGGAAGUAAAGCCAUUUCUCUCAAGGUAACAUUUUGAGACCAUAAUCCAUGCCUUUAUGACCACUCGCCUAGAUUACUGUUAUCCUUUAUAUUUGGGUAUAAGCAGGUCUUCUUUGGCUUGCCUGCAGUUGGUGCAAAAUGAUGCAGCACGUCUUUUUGGACAGGUAGUCGCAAAUUUGAAUAUAUUAUCCGCAUUUUAUCCUCACUUCACUGGCUGCCUGUACAAUAUAAUUCAUUUUAAAAGUCUUUUGUAUGCUUUUAAAUGUAUAAAUGGUUCUGCCACUCCAUUUAUAUCAAAUCUGCUACACCCCUACGUACCUUCUCGCUUUCUUAGAUCAGCUGCUUCUUAGAGUGCCUAAUGCUAAGUGUAAGCUCAGAGGAAUCUUACCAUUUGCUGUGGCUGGUCCCAGAUGAUGGAAUGAUUCACCCCCUUACAUUAGGCA